AUGGAGCAGUUUUGUGGGCAAAGACAGACCUCUGAGGGCGGAGACGGCGCGAUGGCGAAUGGAGCCGGCGUUGACACUCCGCAGCAACAGCAGCAGCAGCAGCAGCAACAGGACGAUACGGGGGUACCGCAACACGGUAUACAGCCUCCGCAAAUGGGCGGAGGUACAGUCCCCGUGGGACCGACAGGUCCGAUCCUGAUGUCGGCCAACGUGAGGAAGUACGUCGCCGGGAUGGCCGUGCUGAAGUUCCACGACAUGAUCAACAUGAUCAAUAUGGCACAGACGAAAUUGUCGUCUAUAGACUACUGGCGUGGGUUUGUACGGGAGAUGUUCACUCCAAAUGCUACCAUACGGUACAGUAAGGCCUCACCCGUGGAUUUCAGGCAUUUGGACUUUCUAGUCUCUCUGCUGCCCUUGCUUCUGGUGACGCUGUGGAAGCUCGGGGUCGUCAGGCUGGAACUGUCCCCGCAGCAGGUUAAAACGGAGGUUCUAAGCGAUGGGUGCAUAUUCAUCAGUUGUCCAAAGGGGACCAUCACUUACCACUACCCAGACGGAUCAUACAUCACACACUUCAUCCAAUUCAAGGGACUCUUUGCGCCGUCUUUGAAAUUGGACUGGGGGGAUCUUUGCAUGCACUCGUUUGUCCCGGGGAUCGAAUGGAACGCACUAGAGAAACUACUGUCCAACAGAACGGUGUCCUACGAGAUCUUCUCAAAAUUAAGUAACGGUCAUACGGCUGACGAGCAGUCUAACGCCCCGUCAAACUUCGAUGCGAUAACACAGCUUCGGUCGUAUUUCAGCGUGUUCAGGAACGUGUCUGUGUACGGCUCGCAGGUCGGUCUCAUCAGAGUUAUGCAAGUAAGCGCAGUGAUGUCUGCACUCAAGAACUUGAGAGUUUUCCAAAAAACUCAUUCGAUUCAAAGUCCCCUGGAGGCAUUGAACUCAUACGUGCAAGAAAAUGCGCACAUCGUACAGAGGGAAAACCAGUUUCAGCAGCAGCAGUCACAGCAACAACCACAACCACAACCACAACCACAACCACAACCACAACCACAACCAGGGCCACAUAUGCCACCUCAGCGACAGCAACAAUCACAAUACCUGCGGCAACAGCCGUUGCUUCAAAGACAACAAUCUUACCAACAACAACAACAACCGUACUUGCAGCAGCAGCAGCAGCAUGCAUCACCACAGAUGCAGGGACCCUCUUCACAGCCGCCUUCCAAAAAAAGGAAGGCAUCAACCAAAAAGAGGAGACCAAGUGGAGUGUCCCCAAUGACAAGCGUGGAUACCGGUGGUAUUGGUUCAAACAACACCCCAAAAUCUGCACCCGGUCACCCUAAUACAAUUGGAAGUGUUGCAGCCAGCUCUGUAGGAUCAAAUGUAACAACUCCAUCCGAUGUGAACGAAUAUCAACAAGGCAACAAAAAACAAAGGACAUGA